UCUCGAACUGUCGUAGUCGUAGUAUACGCAAAUUUUAAAUGUCAAAUUGACUGAACGAAAGAAUUUUCAUGAAGAAAUUUGAGAAACGAGAAAAAGAAAAAUUGAAGUGUAUCUGCACAUAGAUUGAUCCAAUAAUCAAUUAUUUAGUAAAUUCAAUCGAUCAAAUUAGUAACUUAAAGUAAACCAAUUCAAAUUGCGAACAAAAUACGAGUUAAAUCGUUACACAAAUUGUAUACGUGACCGAUUGACGCCAAUGCACAGUGUAUAUUUUCAUGCAAAAGAAUAAGUUUCUUUUUGUGGUAAUUAAGCAAAAGAAAAAUUGGUGUGCAGGAGUUGCAUAAAAAUAUUAAUUGAAUAACAAAUAGAACAAAGUGACUCAGCCUAUUUCGAACAGUUAGUAACGUUGAUUUCGCAAUAUGAGUACUCAAAGUCCAGCUAAUUUGCAGCUGUCUUCGGGAGAAUCAAUGGAUAGCGUUUACCAGUGGAUCAACGAACUAUCACAUCCAGAUACACGUGAAACGGCUCUAUUGGAACUGAGCAAGAAACGUGAAAGUGUGCCCGAUUUGGCCCCAAUGCUAUGGCAUUCGUUCGGAACCAUCGGUGCACUGUUACAGGAAAUCGUCAACAUUUAUCCCACCAUCAGUCCAGCCACAUUAACCGCCCCACAGUCAAAUCGAGUUUGCAACGCUCUGGCCCUGUUACAAUGCGUAGCAUCACAUCCGGAAACACGGACUGUGUUCCUGCAGGCUCAGAUUCCGCUGUUCCUUUAUCCGUUCCUCCACACAACAUCGAAAACUCGUCCGUUUGAGUAUCUUCGUCUAACGAGCUUAGGUGUUAUUGGAGCACUAGUGAAGACUGACGAACAAGAAGUUAUCACCUUUUUGUUGACCACCGAAAUCAUUCCGUUAUGUUUACGAAUUAUGGAAGCCGGAUCAGAGCUCAGCAAAACGGUGGCCACAUUCAUAUUGCAGAAAAUAUUACUCGAUGACAGUGGUCUGUCGUAUAUAUGCCAAACGUACGACAGAUUUUCUCAUGUAGCUAUAAUACUGGGUAAAAUGGUCUUACAAUUAGCCAAAGAACCGUCGGCCAGACUCUUAAAGCAUGUUGUACGCUGCUAUCUACGCUUAUCGGAUAAUGUCAGAGCUCGAGAAGCUUUACGACAAUGUCUACCCGAUCAAUUGCGUGACGCAACGUUCGCUGUUUGUCUUCAAGAGGACAAAUCAACGAAGCAUUGGAUGUCACUUCUAUUAAAGAAUCUGGAACCGGGCUCCGUGGCACCGCCAGAUCCCAGACAAAUGGGAAUGUCACCGUUGCCGUCAUAAGCCGGAAAGGAAUAGUGAUGAACCUCCAAGGCCGUAUCCUUUAUCAUUUUCUCUGUGCCGCCGAUGCACUUACUUGAAUUUAAGAUAUUUUUUUAAUGAAACAAUAUUGUAUUUAAGUGACAUGUCAGCUUUGCUUAAGUUUUUUUUUCUCCUUCUUUUUACUUUACUAAGCCAUUUGCUGUAGUUGUAGAGACAGAAUGUAGCAAAUAAUAGUUAACCUGUUUGUAUUGUUAUACUAAUCGCUUGGCACAAGCGUAUAAAAACUGUUUAAAUUUAAUGGAUAAUGAAGAUUUGUAAUUUCACCGUAAUUUCUUUAAAUGAUUCGACAGUGAUAGCUCUUAAACUCUUUUACUACUUCAUUCAAAUGACCGAAAACCUUCCAGAUGUUUAUCGUUCUGCAUUUCGUGGUACCUUUACCGUUUGUCAUAUUGUUCUUUAUGUUUACUGAUGGUCUGACUAGCUCACCAGCGUCUACUUGCUCCAACAAAAAGUCUGAUAUUUGAAUUUCAAUUCGAAAAUCUUUGCCAAAUUUUGACUUCCAUGCAUGCUUUGGUUGGUUUUUUAUAUGAGUAUGGAACUGGCGUCACAUAACUCCGCUACCGCUACGUUUGUGACUACUGAACACAAAAGUGGAAUCGUGAGCGUGAUGUAAGUGGAUGAUUUAGUAUCAAAACUAUUAAUUCACUACUGCCGGUGCUACAUUGACAAAGUCUACUUUGCAUCUGAACUGUGAAAUCACAAGUAAAUUUCAAUAUCAUAACACUCGAAUGAGGAUGUAUGGCAUGCCAGUCUCACAGUACCUUAUUCAAAGUUUACAAUUUUUCAUACUACCUACUGGGUGUCACGUGUCAGUACUUUUCGCAAAAAGUUUGGAAUAUAUCAUCGAAAUUAUGAUCGAACCUUUGUUUGACGUUCACCGGGGUCCUUUCAGUUUGUGUAGAUAGCAAUUUUUUUGACAUUUUUUAAGAGAAAUAUUUUAGAUUCGAGAGAAACAAAAACAUGCACCAACAAAAUGACGUAACUAAAUACUGUCGAUUGACAAAAAUUGUUAUGCGUAUGAUUUAAGUAUAACUUAACGAUUCGCUGAAAAAUGGUAGCCUUAUGAUUGUAGCUACAAAUUUAUUCCUAAAUUUGAAAAAUUUUACAUUUUAAAUCGACAAAAAUCUUAGAUAAAAUUCGUUAAAAAAAAUGUGGAAAAAUAUUUCGGUUCAGUUCGGUUUAUUUAAAAAAAAUUAUUUUGAAUUGCAAUAACUGUCAAUUUUUAUAUCGAAAUUUGCUUCAGCUGUCUUACUAGCUAGUGCACUUGUGCAUAACGGUUUUAUCACUACUUCGGACAUGUGUAUGACUAUUAUAAAAACGUAUAAGCCUGUUUGUAUGAGUCAGCUGGUAAUAAAGCUGAUCCAUAGGCAAUGGGCUUUGUACAUCUUGUACUACACCUUGUAAGAUUUUGAAAUGAGAAAAAUACUUGUUCUACGACUGUUGUUUUCAGUAGAAGGACCCUAUCGAGGGUAGUCGUAGAGUAUAUCUCAGCUUUCGCACUCCGUAACAACUCCAAAUUGGUAUCAAAAGGAAGGUGUUGGAUACCAAUAUAGAAUGCGAUUGAAAAAUAAAAUUGUUGUUGUUCCUGACAAAAGGGAAAAUUGGAAAAUUUGUGUUGUCAGGCACGACCGAUUUUUUUUUUUAACCAAAAGUAAAGAUAACUAUCAAUAACGAAAGUCGUACAACAGUGUCCAUUGGUGACCGGGAUCCAGGGUCUUGAUGCAAAUUUCGACUUAAAUUCGAUUGACCGUCACUGUAUCCUACUUUUUCCAUUUUAAAUCAAUUGUUUGGAUUAGAAAUAACGAAAUUGUUGAAUUGGCAUUAUAUUAUGUACAGGAGAUACCGUAAAAUUUAAAACGACAAAUAAUGAAAUUCAAUCAAAUUAUUGACUUUAUCAAAUUGAUAUAUUUUUUGUACAAAAUUGACGAAAGAAGUUAUAAAAAAUCCUUAGACAAAAAUGAUAUAUAUAAAGGAAAUGGGCGACACCCCUCUUAAUAUGUGGUAAUUUUUUAUAAAAAUUAUUUAUAAUUAAGAAAUUGACAAAUUCUACAAAACAAAAAACUGAAAAAAAAAUUAGUUGGACAAAUGCUAAGUGUAAUGUUAAAAAUUUCUAUAUCAACACAAAGAUAAAUGGGAAUAAAUUUAAUUCCCGGUAAAUGCACCCGUCAAUAUAAGCAAAAAUGUAGAUUCAUUAAAAAAAAUAAAAUAGAAAUCAUCAAGAAGAAAA